AUGGAAUAUCACAUUGAAUACGCUUCGAACGAGUCCGGUAAAUCCGAGAAGGAGACCUUUGUGGAGAACUCGUUCAGCCAAACCAAUGGAAAGGGAAGGAAGAACCUCCUCGUGGCUCUGUCCGUGUCGGCCAUAUGCCUACUAUCAGGAUCUGCAAUUUAUUUUACCCGCACGGGGAAGGGGGAUGAUGGCCCCCUGUACGGAAACUCACGUGACGACCGCAGUAGUGAUGAUUUCAUUAUCUCCACAUUGUUGAAAACCCCUAGUGGUAAGAAAUUCAUCGUGUCGAAAAUCGCAGAACUGGUUGCAUCGUACGACAAAGAGGACAACUCACAGGAGGAGAAGCAAUCAACCGAGUUGAUCACCUCUCAGGAUAGAAAUGAAAAGGGGGAGGAGAACUACAGGAAACGUUUUGGAAAUUUGAAAGUUGGUAAGAGAAUCGACAUCAACUUUGCCGAUUCAAGAUUUCUGAUGGCGAAUCUGGAGAGUGUAAAUUCGUUCUACCUCUUUGUGAAGGAGUUCGGGAAGAAAUACAAAACGGCAGAUGAAAUGCAACAGAGGUAUCAAUCCUUUGUAGAAAACUUGGCCAAAAUAAAGGCACACAAUAGUAAGGAGAAUGUCCUAUACAGAAAAGGGAUGAACCAAUUUGGAGACCUCUCUUUUGAAGAAUUUAAAAAAAAAUUUUUGACCCUGAAAAGCUUCGACUUUAAGACGUAUGGAGGCAAACUAAAGGGUGUUGACAAAUACGAAGAUGUAAUUAUUAAGUAUAAACCAAAGGAUGCUACUUUCGAUCGUGAGAAGUAUGAUUGGAGAUUACAUAAAGGGGUGACCCCUGUGAAGGACCAAGGGGACUGUGGAUCGUGUUGGGCAUUCAGCUCAGUAGGAGUAGUCGAAUCACAGUAUUCAAUUAGGAAGAACGAAUUGGUGUCCUUAAGUGAGCAACAGAUGGUAGAUUGUUCUUAUAAAAACGCAGGAUGUCAUGGAGGUUUCAUCGCCCUAUCCUUUGAGGACAUGAUCGACAUGGGAGGACUCUGCCCGAGUGUAGACUAUCCAUAUGUGGAGGACAUGCCAGAAAUGUGCAAAUAUGACGCUUGCGAGAAAAAAUACAAAAUUAAUAACUUUUUAGAAAUUCCUGAGGAUAAAUUUAAAGAAGCUGUUCGAUUUCUUGGACCCAUAAGUGUUAGCAUAGCUGUAAGUGAUGACUUUGCUUUUUACCGGGGAGGUAUAUUUAAUGGAGAGUGUGGCGAUUCGCCUAACCAUGCUGUUAUCCUUGUCGGUUUUGGAGCGGAAGAUGUGUAUGACUCUGAUACGAAGUCGACUAAGAAACGUUACUACUACAUCAUUAAGAAUUCUUGGGGAGUCUCUUGGGGAGAGAGGGGAUUCAUCCGUAUGGAGACGGACAUAAAUGGGUACAGAAAGCCUUGUUCCCUCGGCACGGAGGCUCUAAUUGCUCUCGUGGAUUAG